GUUUGUGCACGUCCUAAAAUUAUUUUUUAUGAGAUAUGGAUAAACUGUCCAAAGUCCUAUUUGUUGUGUGAUAAAUUGUUUCAAAUAUUUAUGGUAUGUUACGUAUCACGGUUAUUUUAUGUUGAACUUUUAACGUCUCAUUGUAAAGCUACUCAAACAAGAGUUAAUGAAUUGAUUUACUGAAAGAGUUAUCAACAGUUAAGGAAAUCAGGGCAUUUUGAGAAAGGUCAUCUUUAGAUAAAUAAAAUCAAAGGUAUGUAUUGCAUAAUUUUACUUUUAAGGAGGGGGAAAUACAUUAUCAGCUUUGUAACGCGCGGUUAUUAAAUCAAAAAUAUAUAAUAGUUUUGGUUAAAAUAGGCGAUUCACGCUAUGACGUAAUUUUAUUUCGCAUUAUUAACAAUUCACUAAAAACGCACUAAAAACAACCGAUGAUUGGGUUUUACCGAUUAAUGUGAUUACGGUAUAUUUCUUUGAUCAUGAUUUUUUUUUUAUUUGUUUAUUUUGUUCAAACACAUAUAAAAUGGUUAAAAUAGUUCCUUAAUUGAAACUUUAAAUGUAUUUGUAAUGUAUAUUAAUAUAACUUUAUUUAUUAAUAAAAUAAAUGCGGAUUUCAAAUAUUUUUGUGCAUUUACAUUUAUUCGAUUCCAGUAAAAUAAUAGAAAAUAACAAUGAUUGUUUUUAGGAACCCCAACGUACUUGAACUGUAUAGGCUCUUUGGCGUUAUUUCACUCUAGCUCAUUCUUAUAUAUAUGUAAUAAUUCGCUAGAUGUAUAAUAUAUAUAUUAGCUGCAAUGCUGUGUUCAAUAGGCGCGCUCAUUUUUUUCAUAACACAGAAGGUUGCACUCAUUUGGAUUCUUUUUAAGGGCAUAUCGAUUAAAUGUUCAGUAACAUUAGUAGUUGGGAAGUACACGCAUUGUCGCCGCCAUUGCUUUCCGGUUUAUGUCUAGUCGUGAAAAUAAUUUGCAAACUUCAAAUUUAAAUCAUAUCACUUCUUUUGUUAAAGCUUAUCAUCGUGUCACCAGUAAUGACUUGUCAAGAAUAGAUUUAUUUAAAUGUUAAAUUCAUUGUGUUUUCCUUUUUCAAUGUGCUCAUUUAUAUAAACGCACACCCCCUUCUUCUUGUCACCUUUUAUACAAUGAAAGUGUGACUAUUAUAUGUACUCUUUGUAUUUAGCCACGUCCCAUGUCACAUGUUUGGUAACAGAAUUCAUGCUAGAUCCUUCUUGGAAGGCUUUGUAUCCUAGUAUUGUGUUUCCUGUUGAACUCUUUCCAUCUCCAGUUUUUCCAGGUAACAGUAAGUCAAUUUCCUCAGAAAACUAAAUGGAAAGGUUCAAAGUACAUUUAAUUACUUUUAAAUAGAAUUGUAUCUAGUGGAGUGAUAAGAGUACCGUGGUGUUUAGAUAAGUAAAUGAGCAGAAUGUUUGAAGAAAGAGGUAUGUUUAAGGAUCCAGAGGCUCGCAAGGAAAUGUGUAGCAUGUGUGAUGGUUUACAUGGACAUGAUAAGAGCAAGACCGGCAUUGGGGUGAGAUCAAUGUAUGUUCUGAGAAUAUUUUGGGAAUAAUAAGAUUAUAAUAUGUAUAAUUGUUGUAGGAGAUGAUUACUUUAAUCAGAAGUAAGUUUGUGAGAGAGGUUGAAGAGGAAAAUUAAGAGUUGAUGUUUCAGGACAGUCAUUUACUUGUAUUGAGAGGACAGGAAAAAUGUUAGGCGUUCAUUUAAUGCUAAAUGCAGUUUGGGGAAAAAAAAGGUGGAGGCAGGUUCAUGAAAACAUGUGGCUUAAGUUGGGGGUAAGUGCAAGAAUGAGUUGGGGUAAGUGUAAAAUUAUUCAUCAGGUAAAUGGGGUAGGUGAAAGAGGUUAUGGUUAGGCGAAAGAAAUUAAGGGUAGGUGAAAGAGAUUAUGGGUAGGCGAAAGAGAUUAAGGGUAGGCGAAAGAGAUUAAGGUAGGUGCAGGUGUGGUCGAAGAGGAAGAGAGUGUGUUGUUGCGUACCAAAAUGUAGGGUUUAUGGAAAUUGUCUGGUGUGGGGUUGACAAAACGAAAGCGGUUGAGAGGAAGGAGAGAAUGAGAGUGGAUGACAUGAGACAAUGAGAGCUCCAGGCUGUCGACUAGUGGAAUGAGACAGUAGAUUCUAAGAGUUACGAUCAUCCGUGGGGCUUUAAGUUAAUCAUACAAUCGUGCGAUUGAAAUAAACACAGCCACUUUCGUGAUCGUGGGAGAACUUUGAACUUUUUGCAUCGACUUUAAGUGUGCUUAAGAAGCAGAAUAAAUGAAGGACUGCCUUCAAGCCGUUUGAAGGAAAUAGACAAGUUGUGUGGACGCUUGAAUCAAAAGACAAGAAAAUAAGAGAAGAACGUUUCGUCUCAGAGCCUUCCUCAGCAGACAGCUGAUAUGAAAAUGAGACAAAUAAUGGAGACAAAUUCAAGUGAUCACUAUUGAUAUUGACGAAAGUUUGAUUUUUUUUUAAAGAUAAGGUUUAUCUUUAAUUUUUUUGUAAAAUGAAUGAAAAAAAAAAAUCUUCAAACUUUAGAAAAAAAAUGGAAAGAAUUAGUAAAAAAAAAUUAGAAAAUUAUGGUAUGAUAAUAGUUUUUAGUUGCAGAUACUAAAAAUUGCACACUAAAUAUUAUAUACUAAAAUAAUUUAAUUUAUUAAUUUAUUGUUGAUUAAAUACUUUGGGUGGCAUUUUAUUUUUCUGUCUAUAGAAUUCAGUAUAUAACGACACGCAAAGCACAGUAAGAUUAAUUUUGCUGGGAUAUGAAAUAAAUGUUCAAAUGUUUAUCAUGUUCAUAUAUUUAAUGGCGUGCCCAUGGGGUGCAAAGAGGGCGCUUUUGGUUGUUUAUUUAUAACGUUAUAUCCAAAUGUUGUUGGAUUCUACCCCAUAAGACCAUUUAGAUUAUUAUUCGUAUAAUUAAGUACUUUUACAUAGCUCAGUAACCCAGCCUAGAGAUUGACCCACUGCGCUUCACAAAAAAAUUAGCAAUUACGGAAACGUGUACAUUUCAAAACCACAAUUGGUGAAAUGCUUGACCUCUCCCACCCAAGUACUAUCCAUCUGUCUAGCCAUGGACAGCACCCAGCAGAAACGAGUGUUGUUUAUCUGGGUUAGAACGAGUCGGUAUAGUACAGUUUAAAGAGAUGGAUCUUAAGGGCAGUUUUGAAGGCUGUGAUGGUCUGUUACAUUGCGGAUGUGUAAUAUGAGAGAAUUGCAUUAUUUUCAGGCACAGCAAGAGAAAGAUCGUUUACCAUAAGAUUUAUUGCGUGUUCUAGGACCAGAAAGAAUACGCGUGUCUUCGGAGGAACGAAGCUUUCCAAAAGGUGAAUAGAAAGUAAGAGGUUCAGGAAGGUAAGGUACGCCACUGCAUAAUUUUACCCUUCGUGUGAUGUAUAUGGUAGCGACAUGUUUUUAAGAAAAGCAAGCUUGAAAUAUUUUAUUUAAAUAAAAUUAAUACAUCAUUUGCAUUAACGUUAAUUAAUCUCGUGAAAGGCAAUAUUUUUAUAGAUUAAACAAAUAUAAAGUGUUUCACGUAUAUUUACAAAUCCAUGGUAACUCAAUAUUGGAAUGUUCCAAAUGUGACUCUUACUUGAACAAAGUAAACUGUUUAUUUAGAAAUACCUUGGAUUUCUUAGUAGCACUCCACUCCAUGAUGAGCUUCCAGAUUUUUUUACCAAAUACUUUUCAGUGGCCUACUGACGAAAAAUUUCAAGUUCGAAACAUUGAGAACAUACAGAUUUAAAACAUUAUUUUAUAAUUAAAAAUGUGUCUGUGGUAUCAAUUUUUUACAAAGUACUUUAAUUUAUACUUGCUACCCUAAAAUGUAUCAUUUUUUAUUAUUAAAAAAUUAACCAUACUACAAUAUUACCUUGCAAUAAGUGUUCGUGUCCGAAAUUUUUUAAAAGAAGUAAUUUUAAAUACUAAAAUUAGGUGACUGGCUAAGCGACACAUGCUUAUUAGAAUAUUAACGACGAAAAUAGUUGCAAUGACCUUCAAGGUUUUAUUUUAACCGAGUACCUCGUAUGUGUUCUAUGCUUGACGGCAAAAAAUGUCCUUAUUAUAAGGAACGCCUCUAGAAUGGAAUAAAUUAUGUACAUUUAUUUUCCUGGUGAAAAAAAAAACUUUAUGGUAGGAAUUUCUCAGGAAUAAUCAACCUUUGAAUCGGCUCCAUAAUAUAAGGACUGUCUAGGGUAGUGGCUUUCAAUUACUAGAAUUAUCCUCUGUAUGGUUUACCACAACUUUGCAAAUAUUGUUGUACGUCAGUCGGGAGUCGAUCUUGAACACUUUAAUCAUCUGAUUUGUGCUAGUUCUGUCUUUGCGUACCCAUAUGGCUAAUGAGGCCGAUUCUGGCAAAAAUGUUAUUGUGCAAUAGGUUCAGGGGUGUGAUGGGGCAUCUCCAGGAGCAGUCAGACCAGGCCUUCCUGGCAUGUCUCUUGCACUCUCACUGUUUUGUCGUAUGGAGCUCCUGUGUAGCGCCAUGACUUUUUAUCCUCUUCUUUUUCCUCCCACGGGGCUGGGUUUAUGUCAAACGCUAUGAAUAAGUCUUUUAGGUUGUCCUUAAAACGUUUCUUUUGUUUGCCAGCAGACCGCUUUCCUUGUUCGAGCUCACCAUAGACAAUUAUUUUGUGUUGACAGUCGUCUGACAUCCUAGCAAUAUGUUCCGCCCAUUGAAACUGGGACUUUAUUAAGAUGGUAAGGAUGCCUUUGAGAAACGCCUGUGUGAUCACACAAAUGUCUGUCUGACUCUGUCCUGACAUUAAAUGUUGAUAUCUUUUCACGUUGUGUGAAAGAGGUUUAGCAUUCUUACAUCGCGUUGGUAAACCGUUCACGUUUCACAGGCAUAGAGAAGCGUAGGGAGAACAGCCGCCUGAUAUACUUUCAGUUUAGUUGGAGUGCAAAUAUUAUCAAGGUGUCAAGGCACACAGAAAAAGUUGAGUACUGCUUGUUUUGGACAAGAUGACACAAGCCAAAAAUUCAACAGAUAAAAAAUUGGUAUAUUAAAAGUCUUGGUUUUUUUUUUUUUUUGUUUUUUUUUUUUUGUUUGGGGGGUUUUUUGGUGGUUUUUUUUUUUCAAUUUGUUUUUUUUUUUUUUUUUUUCUUUUUAACAAAGUUUUUUUCGUUUUAGAUUCUUGAUAAAUCUGGUUUCAUAAAAUGCUUAGCUUUCGAUAUUCAGUAGAUUUGAAUAUUAAAAUUAAUAGUUUACACUUUUUAAUAUUAAGGGCAUGCAUAGAUCGUAAGAUUGUUGCCUUUUGUAACUGGUUAUUGUGGGUUUUUUUAAACCUUUAAAAAAGCAUUAUGUGUCAAAUGGUCAAAUAUCUAAACAGUGACGGCUUGAUCAAGAGUAGACUUGAAUUAUUUUUUUUAAAUUUUAUCAGUUCUUUUUUAUGUUUAUUUUUAAACCAAGGUUACAUUUAAGAAUUUUGAAAAACAUGGUGCUGAUGUAAGAUGGCGUUAUUAUUUGUUUCUUUAAAUGUCUGCAUCUCUUAAGAUUUAAAAAGUCAACUUCAUGACCAAAAUUUCAACAUUUCUUAAAACUAUACAUUUGAAAGUAAGAGAAUUUUACGGACAAACGGGGACAAACGGACAUAGAGACUAACGAACACAUACUCAGACGUACACAUAGCAGACUGACAUAUAAAUAGACGGAUAGAUGAAUAUAAAUAGACAAACGGCCAGUCGAAUUUUCUGACUGACUGACUAAUUUACUGGGGGAUAGACUUGGAGUCAGAUAGUUUGACUUACUGACAAACUUAUUUAGAAAGUCAGGUAAGCGUGCAGACAAUGGCUUCCGUUUACCUCUUUGCCAAGGGAACGGCAUUUCCCUGGAAAACAUUUACCCAUAGCCUUAUUUAUUGACACGCUUUGGGAAAAAUGUGUUACGUUUCUUGUUAAAACAUGCUACGUUUCGUUGCUGUCUACAUGUGCUAGCUUAGCUCACGCCAAUCGCUGGUAAAGGGAACAAGAAAGAUGAUGAGAGUUGACUUUAAUUUUGAAAUCUGUUUUUAUAACGAUGUGCCUCCGUCACGUUAAAGAAUAAUUUCUUGACCUUAUUUUAUUUUAAUAUAGAAAUGUUUACAAUUUAAUUUUGAAAAUGUUGUUACGCACUGCCUUCUAUUGUGAGAAAUAAAUCUCCUAUUUUAAAUUUAUGGCUUGUUCAAACAUUGCCUAACAAAGGACGAUACCAUAUAGAAAUAUAAUAACAAAAUACGACACCUAAAACAGUACCAAUUAUAAUUACAAUUAAUAAGAUUUAUUUAAGUAAUUAGAAAACAAAAGAAAAUAUAAUUAAAAAUCAUCAACUUACAGAGUAUUGGAAAAUCUUGUACCGGUACACAAUUAGUACAAUGUGCCAAUUAAUAAUGAUGAAUGAAGAAUGCGAAUAACACAUAUGAGCACACAAAGAAUAAUAUAAUUGUCUCGUAUAGUUAAGAAUAUCUAUCAAUCUCCGUCUCUCUCUGAGCCUGUCAAUCUCUUAUAUAACGUAAUGAUAUAUUGUUUCCAAAAUUCUUGGUGUAUUAAUCCAUCAACAGCGUUUAAUGGAAUAUUUUAACAACUGAAUCCUUUGCAAAUUAUUGUUUUUUAUUAUUUUUUUUUAAAAUUAGAUUAGAUAUCAAAAUUUAAGGAAAUCAGUGACAGUUCAGAAAUGGCGUCUUUAGAUGACUUUAAAUUAAAUAUAUUCAAUUUAUUAUAGAUAAAUCGAGAAUAUUUCAUAAGAUUAAUACGCAUUUUAUUAUUAAUUGCUUUAGUCAAAUGGGUUGUCAUCUUUUAACAAAACAGUGUUAAGAUGCGACCUUUUUCUGAUCAAAAUAAUAAUAUGUAUGAAUAAACACACUAAUUCAUUAAUAUAGUAUUUUGUAAACGUUCAUUCAUCAACAUAUGAAAUAUAAUAUUUUAUAACGUCUGUAUUAAAGAAAUUAAUACUAAAACUAAUUUGACAGGUUUUUUUUUAAUCUAUAGGAGAAAUCGAUGUCUAUGAAUAUCAAAGACAAUUCACAAAUGACAUCCUCAGAAGGCACAAAGCCAACGGUAUGUAUUAAAUUAAAUUUUUGCUAAGUUCGUUUGCAGCCUGCUUACAUAUUCAGUUACUAUCCCCUUCUAAGCAAUAUACAUAGGUUACGAAACCAAUAAAAAAAUAACAUAUGUACACACAUUCAAGUACAUAAAAACUCGUUUAUCGAUGGUAAUCGCUCAUCUUAAAAUGAAAACGUUCAUCAUCAACCCUUGCUCAACCAACGUAACUUUCAGUUUACUAAGGUGACACCAAUAAGGCCUAACAUAAACCAAAAGAUAUCGUCCCUGAGGCUACAAGCCUUGCAUCCCACUCUGAAAUUUUCCUAAAAUAAUUCAAUGCCCAGACCGUGCUCGUGAAGUAGUUUGGUCGUUCGUUAAUAAUGACUGCUGUUGCUUUUCCAGGUUUUCGAGAGAAUGACCGUUAAUGCCCAGUCCGCCACGCCAUGUCUAACAUUUUACAGACAGGUUCGAUUGGUUUUUUAGCCGCCCCACCCACCGUUUUAAGUUAAUUAAUUUCAUUUGUCAGGUGAAAUAGUUUAGGCUGCAUUGAUGGAUAUUUCCUAUACCUGUUCAAAAUAAAUUUCUGUACAAUCCAAAGGUGUAUGAAAUAUGAUGAAAAAAAGGGGGGGGGCGGGAAUAAAUUUUAUUCCUUAUGUGGAAUAACCGUUAACUUUAAACACUCCAUCCCUACAUGCGUUGUUCUAAAUAUAAUUAAGUGCUUCACACUCAAAAAGGUUUCCGCGAACACUGCCAUGGAUAUAAAAAUAGUAUACUUUACAGCGAUACAUUUAUAGGACAUAAAACUGACCAUGGAUUUCUACUACUUUAUUGUUUUUAUAUGCUUGUCAGGGUGUACUUCUCUUUGGGCAUAUUCAGUUUUAAUUAUUUUUUAACUAGCCAAUAUACCCAGCUUUUCUCGGGUUUGUAUUCGGAACACAAUCUUAUAAAGCGUUAUAAGCAAACACGUUGUCAUAAACACAUCGCUCAAGUAAAUAUUAUUAUAUAAAUUUUGUUUUGAAUUGACAAAUCCCGUUUCAGUUAAUAUUAUAUAAAUAUUAAAAACAGAACCCAUACGGCGGUAAGCCCUAAAUAGGCCACUGAACUAUGUGAAACUUGAAAUAAUAUACGCCCCCACCCCCCAAAUAUGUAUCGCAAUAAAUGGUCGUUUUUUAAAUGAUACACCGUUUACUUCCAUUUAUUUAAAGAAUAUGUUUGCAUUGAUAAGCUAAUCUUCGCUUGGGUCUGUUUUCGGUUUGUUUUCCGUUUGUACUGUUAGGUCAAAAAUUACCAAUGAAUUUAUUAUUCUUUUAUAAUUUACUAUACAAAAGCUAAAUUUCUGAGAACUCGGAAACAUUGAACUUUGGGUCCAGCCUCUGUUAGUUAAUAUUCAACCAGGAUUUAAAAACUAGAUCUAAAUCUAAUUUUUAAAAUAUGUUUUUUUUUAAGGAAAAGAUACUCACUAAUGCCAAAGCUCUUGUCGUUUAUCAACUAAAUUGAAAUAAUCUCAUCAUUUGAAACGGGCCCUUUGAGUUAUAUCUAAGAAAGGGGAACUAUUCAAAUUAUUCAGUUAAACAUUGAAAUUAAUUUUUCAAAUAUAGCACAUUACAAUGGGAGGGAAUUUGCAAAGAGUUUGACUUUUAAACUAUAUUGUCAGGCACCCCUCGCUGGGUGCCCAAAACCUUAACAUAAAUGUUUUACAGCAGUGAGUAUUUUACUUUGCAAAACGAAAUAUCUAGCCACCUUGUUAGUUUGGCUUGACCCUGAUGCCAAGUAAUCUAUGAUCUGUUUAAUAAAACUAAAUUUUUAUUUGUUCUUGUCCUUAACUUCAUGCAAAUGAUCUCAUUUAGCCUGGGCAUGGAUUGCGACAAAAUAACCACAAAAAUUAUAAUCAAUACAAAUACUAACAAAAAUAUUUUGUUAAAGUGAAAAAACAAAUGUUAAAUAAUCACAAAUACUUUUUAAAAUAUUAAUUUUAAAUCUUUAGCUCAAUUCACCUUUAGCUGUAUGCACCUUAGGCAUUGAAAAUUAAAUGAUAUAAGAAGUAUAUUAAAACAAUAAAUAACAAAAUCAAUAUUCAGUUUCUUAUAUAUAUAUAUUAUAUAUAUAUAUACAUAUAUAUAUAUAUAUAUAUAUAUAUAUGAAUUUAUGUAUGUAUGUCCCGUAGGCGCUCCUACAUCAUUCAUGUGAUUGCAAUAAAACUUGGUGAGUUGUUGUCCACAAGGCCGCUCAUUUUUCUAAAUUAUUACAGCCCUUUUAAAAUAUUCCGUUUUGGGCCGUUGGCCCUAAAUUCGUUUAUUUUCUGAUAUGAGUUUCUAUACCAUUUAGUAAGAUGUUGUGAGCACGCACGCAAAGGUUUCUGAAUAAUUACAAUUAUUUUAUAACAUUCCAUUUGGGUCCGGGGCCCUAAAUUCUUUUUUUUCCUUAAAUGAGCUUGCAAAUACAAUUUCAAACUAACCAAUUGCAUGAGUGGAUGGAAAUUAAUCAAAUACAAACUUUGACAUUGCCGUUUUUAUGUAGCAUAAUAAGUAUUUUUCAGAUUUAGUACUUCCAUUUUACAAUAUUCCGUUUGGAGCAGAGGCCCGUAAUUUUGUUUUUAUGUUCUAAAUGAGCUAUAUAAAUUUAUUUUCAAACAUAGCUAUUGCAUGGGUGGAUCAAUCGCUACGGAUGUGUGGACUAAAUUUUAAAAAUCCAUUCUUCUCACAUGGACAGCUGUGUCUGGCCUGCUCACGUUUCGAAAAACAUUUUUAUUUAUUUCAGUACGCACCAGAGAGUCAAAAAAAAAAAAUGUGUUUAUAAAAAGUACUUCAAAAAAAUAAUUAAAAAACAAACCUUUUAUUUCUUUGGGUGGCAUUGCAACGCAUACCGGGUACUCGCUACUGUUGUAUACAUACAUUGUAAAAAAUGCUUGUAGUAAACCAAUGUAAGAGUUUGACAAACGUUUUUGAAUGAAAAGCCAUUGUAAAAUAUCUUGUCUACUGUGAAAAUAUUUUGUGAGCAGAAUAUUGGAAUGGAUUGUUUAAAGUUAGCGGUUAUUUUAGAUUAGUAAUAACAGUGUCUCCAUCCAUACAAAAAUCCGUUCAAUUGUCUCAUCUAUACAUCUAUACGUUCAAGUGUCUAAUCUAUACAUCUAUAAGAUUAAUUGUCAAACGUAUACAUCUAUAGGUUCCAUUGUCUAAUCUAUACAUCUAUACAUUCAAUUGUCUCAUCUAUGCGUUCAAUUCUCUCAUCUAUACCCUAUACGUUCAAUUGUCUCAACUAUACACCUAUAAGUCCCAUUGUCUUAACUAUACAUCCAUACGUUCACUUGUCUCAUAUAUAUAUAUAUAUAUAUAUAUACGUUCAAACCGUCUCAUCUAUAUGUUCCAUUGUCGUAUCUAUACAUCUAUACGUCCAAUCGUCUCAUCUAUACAUCUAUACGUUGAAUAUUCUUAUUUAUACAUCUAUACGUUCAAUUUUUCCAUCUAUAUAUCUUUACCUUUAAUUGUCUUAUCUAUACUUCUAUAUAUUCCAUUGUCUCAUCUCUACGUCUUUACGUUCCAUUGUCUUAUCUAUACAUCUAUACCCUCCAUUGUCUCAUAUAUACAUCUAUACGUUAAAUUGUCUCAUUUAUACAUCCUUUUUUUUUUUUAAAUUCCUGGGCGCUUCUCUUCAGGCGACUCAAUUGCACCAGUGCAUCUUUUUCAGCGUUUCACAGUUUUACACGUUUUAUUUAAUUGUAUUUUCACUCAAGUUCAAAUGGAUGAGCCUAGGAUGAUUUUCUCGUGAGUUUUUUUUUUUGUUUUUUCACUUCGUGGGAAACAGAUUUAAUUUGGACUUUAGAUAUCAAGUAACUCAGCAUAGUAAAGAAAUGUCACAUCCGCCAUUUCUGUAAACCUCCGCCAUGCCAACAAAAAAAUGGCGACCGAUUCACGACUGAGACGAAGAAAGCGGGGAAGAAGGGGAGGCAUUCGUGUAAAACGCAGAAACAGAGGACAGCAGGGCUUUCUUCCACCUGUUGUUUUGGGGAAUGUCAGGUCACUGUGUAACAGGAUGGAUGAACUGGAUUGUUGCUGAAAGCAUUUCUAUCAAUUUCGCGAAAGCUCUUUAACAUGUCUGACAGAAACAUGGCUGAACGAAACAGUACCAGAUUCAGCAGUGACAUUGGACAAAUUUAACUUUUUCCGCGCCGAUAGAACAACCGACAGCGGCAAAUCCAAGGUAGGAGGAUUGGCAAUAUAUAUUAACAAAAACUAAUGUAGCAUCAACAACAGUACAGUGAAAAAUGUAGUUUGUACACCAGACAUAGAACUACUCUGCAUUACUUUAAGGCCAUUUUACCUACAAAGGAAGCUCACCCAAAUCUGUAUCAUCCCCACUUACAUUCCACCUAGUGCUAACAAAAAACAGGCUUAUGAGAGACUUUUGGAUGUAAUCCAUGAUUUCGAAACAAAAAACCCAUACUCUGUUCGUCUUGUUAAGGAGGAAUUUAAUCAACUAUCACUGAAUAAAUCCAUGCCAACAUACAUCCAGUACGUUACUUGCCCCACGCGACAAGACCGAACUCUUGAUAUGUGUUAUAGGAAUAUAAAAAGGCCUACACACGUAGUGCUUUAUUUCCACUUGGAGAAUCCGAUCACACAAUGGUCCGCCUAACGCCAUGCUAUAAGCCAGUUUUAAAAACAACAAAAAUUCAAUAAAAAAAUAUUGAACUGUGGUCAGAUGAGGCGACAGAAAAACUUCAGGCUUGCUUGGAAUGUACAGACUGGGACGCGUUUAUAAACACUUGCCCGGAAAUUGACGAGCUAACAAACACCUUCAAUUUCUACAUUAAGUUCUGUGUAGACGAAAUUAUUCCACAAAAAACAAUCCGAGUAUUCAACAAGAACAAACCCUUGAUGAGCAGAGAAAUAAAGGAGGCUAUACACCACAAGAAGAUCGUGUUUAAGAUUAACGAUCAGGAAUUCAUUAGAGCUAAAAAAAAAUAUUGAAAGAAAAUAUGUAUCAGAGUUAAAAACAAUACAAGCAAAAAAUCGAAAAAUUAUUCACUACUAAUAAAUCAAAGGCUUGUUGGCCAGGACUCAAGCAAAUAACAGGAUAUACUCCUAAGCGAGAAUGCUUAUGUGUUGAGGACGUGAGGAAUUUUUUUAACGACUUAAAUGACUUUUAUUGUCGUUUUGACAGCCUGGACUUUGGAAGAGUACAAAAUGAGAUGAUGAAUUCAUUUCAAGUUGGGGGUAGUACACAGGAUGGUGGUUUAUUGUUUACCGAGCAGAGAGUGAUGUCAUUAUUUAACCAAGUUGACGCAGCCAAGGCCUCUGGACCAGACAAAUUAAGUGGUCGGCUCAUUAAACUAUGUUCAGAGCAGCUCUCCUACAUGCUUACUUACAUAUUUAAUAAAUCUUAUGUAACUCACACAACACCAGCUAUUUGGAAAACUUCAGAAAUCAUACCAAUACUAAAGAAAAUUAAGGUAAUGCAAAACAACACUUACGACCUGUUGCACUUACCUCUAUUGUCAUGAAAUGUUUUGAGAAAAUAAUUCUGAAAGAAAUUUUGAAUGAAGUACAGCAAAAACUUGACCCCAUCAAUUUUCUUGCAAAACUGCCAGAAGUACGGAGGACGCAAUCUUACUAUUGUUGGAGAGACUUUACCACCACCUAGACAGUCCAAAACAUAUACCAGAGUGCUUUUCUUAGACUUCUCAUCAGCAUUUAACACUUUCCUCGCUAGGUGUCAAUUUAAAUAUUCAGCCUUGGAUACUGAACUUUUUAAAAAAUCGACCACAAUAUGUCAAGGUAAAUAACCAAGUAUCUCUAACAGAGAAAUAAGCACCGGGGCACCACAAGGCUGCGUUCUCUCUCCUGUACUUUAUGCAAAUAUACGUUCCAUUGUCUAAUCUUUACAUAUAUACGUUCGAUUGUCUCAUCUAUACGUCUAUACGUUCCAUUGUCUUAUCUAUAAUUGUCUUAUCUAUAAUAUAUACCCUUCAUUGUCUCUUAUAUACAUCUGUACAUUCAAUUGUCUCCAGCGGCGGUUUGCCGAAAAUUAGAAAUGAAUCAAAAUUCUGAUUUUUUUAAAAAAUUUUAUUGCUAUGAAAUAAAAAACGUUUUACUUUUUUAUUUCUUUAUAGCCCGCUAAAGAAUAUGACCUUCUUCUACUUGGAAAAAGGGGAAAUGGAAAAAGUGCAACUGGUAAUUCAAUCCUUGGCUAUAAGGCAUUUGUUGCUAGCACAAAAUCAUCUUCUGUUACCAAUGGAAUAGAGAGAAGGUCUAGCAUAUUUAAAGACACGAUUCUAAACGUGGUGGACACACCUGGUGUGCUAGAUACAGCCGCCCUGAGUGAAGUAGUUAAUGGUAGCACUAUGAGGAAAAUUACAGAAAAAUUACAAGAGGCAGUUGAAAAUAAUCCUCGAGGCUACAACGCCUGCAUAUUAGUUGCAAAGUAUGGAAUUAGAUUUACCGAAGAAGAGAGCGAUGCAAUACACAUGCUGAAACAGAUUUUUGGGGAAGAUUUUAUAAGAAACUUCUGCGUAUUAGUCAUGACAAACGGGGAUACGUUUGAAGCUGAAGAAAAUGAUUUUGAUUUUCAAAAAUGGAUUGAUGAGCAAUCUGGGAGUAUCCAAGAUGUCUUCCAUGAUUGCGGUUUCAGAGUCGUCUUGUUUGAUAACAUGACGAAAGACCCGAAGAAGAAAGAAAAACAAGUUGACGAGCUUAUUGCACUUGUUGACCGGAUUGCCGCCAAAAAUCGUCGCUAUACCAAUUAUUAUUUUCAAAAGGCUUUAAAGUCUCGCACAGCAUUGUUGGUACAGUUGGGCUCAGACAGCACCAAGAAAAGAUUUAUGUCCAAAAUAAGUAAUCUGAUGUCUGAAAUAGAAAAGAUUGAACGCAAUGAACCAGAUGAUCAAGUGCCAAUGUUGACGAAAACGUUGGAAACUGUCCAAGAAUUAAUCAAUGGAAUUAUUAAAGAAGACCAAGGAACGGAUGUUUUCAAAGCCAUACAAGACACAGUUUGGUCACUAAAAGGGAAACUUGAAACGGAUAUAAAUAGGAACAAAAAAAUGUCUGCAGAAAGGAAAAACUUUACAAAAGAAACAGCUCAAAAUUUGAAAGAAAAUUAUGAAAAGAUGCAAAUACUAUUUCAAGCACAAGAAGAGAUGAAAAGAAAAUUAGAAGAUGAAAGGAAUAAAAAACAAUGCACCGUACAAUAAAGUGCAUGAUCUUAUGAAAGAUACACUUAAAAAGCACUUUGGACAAAAA